AUGUCUGACCAGGCGAUCCUACGUAUUACCAGGGAAAUCAAGCAGAUUCAGCAAGGCGCAGACCACUCUCUCGCUGUACACUAUGAUGACUCUGAUAUCCGGAGUGUCCGCACUCUCAUUCUCGGCCCUCCAGAUACUCCCUAUCAGUUCGGCUUCUUUGAGUUUCUUGUCAAGUUCGGGAAAGACUACCCAGCCACAUCUCCGAAUGUCUGCGCCUUGACCACUAACGGUGGUCGAAGCCGCUUUAACCCCAACAUCUAUUCAUCUGGCCGGGUCUGCUUAUCGAUUUUGGGAACCUGGCGAGGUGAAAGUGGAGAGCAAUGGUCGUCUGCGCAGUGCUUAGAGUCUCUUCUUAUCUCGAUUCAGAGCUUAAUGUCGUCUAAUCCCUACGAAAACGAACCCGGGUAUGAAAGCUCACGGUCACCGAGCGAUAUAGAGAACAUGGAAGCCUACGUAUCCAAGAUACACCAUGAAACUCUCCGCCUCGCCGUUCUCGAGCCUCUUGAGGCAUCGCUCAACAUAACACUUGAAGGGAGUACGGACUCGCUAGCCGACCCAUCAUCUGAAAGCGAUGAUAAUAUCAUCUAUGAGGAUGGGAGGCCUUCUUUUGACCCGUUUGCGGAUUUUCGCAAAAGACGUUUCUUGUGGUAUUACGAGCCCUACAUGCAAUCUCUUGUUACUGCAGAGAAGAAACACUCCCGCAAAGCCAAAUUCCAGAGAAUGCCAUUUGAGGGCGACAACAAUAGUAUGGAUGGCCAUUUCGACUAUCCGGAGUUAAAACGGCGGAUGGCCGUGGUCAGAGAUGCCAUUUUUCGAGAAACACGCGGUUGGGCUGUCGAAGGACAGUUGGCCAAAAAGCAAGAAUUGGGUAUUGCAGCUAGCCUGCAACGACAGUACGAACAAAUUGUUGAAACCCUCAAGCAUCAGAACAACAUUACGGUUGAUCUAUAUCUUGACGAGGGGAACCCAUUCAUGUGGAGGCUCACAUAUUUUGGAAGACCAAUGACGCAACUGGAUGGCGGCAUGUUCAAGAUCCUGAUACAUCUGAGUCCGCGAUUCCCGGAAGAACAGCCCCGUGUGUUUCUGGAAGCCUCGUCUUUCUUUCAUAUCCGUGUGUCCAAGGAAGGAGUUUUAUGCUACGUUCCAAGGCGAACUGAGGAAAUGCGUUAUCACAUCGAGGGGAUAGUGGCAUCUCUAGAAGAAGAACACCCGCCGUAUGACCCACGAACUACUGUUAACCCCGAAGCAACCAAAUUAUUUUGGGGAACACCGGAAGAUCGAAGGAAGUAUAACCGAGAAUUGCGACGAUCAGUAGAAAGGACCGCCGAAACAUAA